AGCCAUCAUCAAAACGUCUGCAAGUGCAUACUCUUCCAGUCAGCUCCAUCCUCGUCUGUGCAUGCAGCCAAGUCAAUCCAAGUCCUUGGUAACAGGCCGAUAUCGCUAACCUCGUCACACUUCCCAUUGUCUGUCUAUUUUGAUCCGCCAUUUUGUUUCGAGAGCUGUUCUACCUUCCUAGCUCUGAGCGUUAUCUUGCGUUCUCUACGCUGUUCUUUGUGCGCUCUGCCUCUAUUCAGGCCGCUGAACGGAAUAGCACAGAAGCUUGCCAAGAACGGCUUGUGCUGUUCGGAGCAUAGAGCAUUCAAGAGUGGCCAGAGAGGUAGCCGUGCAGUCUCGCGGGCAGUUCUUGUAGUACAAGCCCAGUCCAUAGAUCCCCCUUAGUGCGUACUGGAAAACAAGGAAACUGUCAUUUGUGAUUGGAAAAUUACUUGUGAAGUUAUAGAUAUUCGGAAACACUAGUUUGAGGGCCAGGGUAUUUUAACGAGUGGUCCCGUUCCCCGAGUCUACUAAUCCUAGUGACUCAUAGUGGGAUCAAAGCGGUUCACUUGGAGCUCAAGUGCUGGAUUGUUGAUUUGACUUUGUCGAUCCGUUUCCCAUGAGUAUGAUCUCCAUUAAGCUGUGUUCCAAACCCGUUGAUUCCCGAGCUUCCACAAUGUGCGCUAAUUCAUCAAUAAGAGCCCUCGCCUCAAUACUACCGUCAAAUUGGCACCUAACACAUGAAAAGCGACCGAGUGUUUCAUUAAAUUCGCAAUAAAGUUAUUGUGAACCAAAUAUAAACUAAGAUCUUGUCAAGAAAGUUCAAAUACCACCCUUUUGUCAAAACCUCCACCUAUUUUUCUGUUUACUCAACCACUUUGUGCACCAUGAAACUCCUGGAGAGUUCUCGAUUUGAAGCCAUCAACUCUGCUUUAUUCUUGGAGAAUGGCGAAUCCAAAAUUGUUGGAAGAAUCGAAAGUUAUUCGUGUAAAAUGAUUGGCACCGAAAAGCAAUUCUACAAGAAGUUCAAUUGCGAAGAAGGUCGGACCCCCCAAACUUUGGAGGCCCUUUCACCGCCUCAGAACGGGUAUGGAGGCUAUAGCCUCUCUCCCACCCAAAGCAAUCAGUUCCACAGCAGGACCUACUCAAUUGGGUCCAGAAGCUCAGACGAAGAUGAGAUCACGAUGUGCGACACCAUAUCCCGGAAAACGCUGUUUUAUCUGAUUUCAACCCUAAAUUCCGCCUUCCCGGACUACAACUUCUCGGAUGCCAAAGGGAGCGAAUUCAGCAAAGAGCCCAGCCUGCAGUAUGUCAUUAGCAACAUUGAUGGCUUGUUAUCGGUGACUGUGGGUGAGCCUUAUGCCAAAAUCCACGACAAGAUGUGGCAGACGUUGAAUGAAGAGAUCUGUUUGCCCGAGUGCUUCAUCUAUAGCUACAAUCCAGAUCUAGCUUCCGAUCCAUUCGGCGAGGACGGUUCCUUGUGGUCGUUCAAUUAUUUCUUUUAUAACCGCAAGAUGAAGAGAGUGGUUCUCUUCACUUGUCGGGCUUUGAGUCCUUUCAGUCAGGAAUACUUCGAAACCGGACUUGGUCCAGAUGAGGAGGCUCUGCUGUUCUAAAAUACUUCAGUAUCGCCAAUUGGGGCCAUGAGAUGUGGAGUCAGCCGCGGAAAAAGGUCCAAUAUCCUUGUGAAAACGAUCCAAGAAAAGACAAUAUCAGGACCCAAAAAUCUAGGGCACACUUGUCCAUGAUGCUGCUCCAGCUGAAGAAAUGGUUGGGCUUCAGUUUGAAAUGAGCCUCAAUGUUUCAAUCCAUGAUCCAACCAUAUAUUGGAAUGCUUGACCAUCUUACUGGGAGUCAGGAGAGUUUUUCCUUGUCUCUCAAUGAUCUCAAGCAUUGAUUGAAUUACUGUAUCCUUACUGUAUUCGUAUCUAGAUGUCUGUUCAAAUGACUAACACUAUUUCAAAAUUCUAUUUCUUUGAAUUGAAGCCUUGACCUCAAAUGAGUUACUUUGUCCCAAGUGCGUGACGUGUGGUCUAAAGUAAAAGCAUACUUCAGUCGCAUGCGAUCUACCUGGGACAAGAUGCAGUUUGUGGAUCAAUUCAACUGUUUCUGACUUUCUGCUAUACUCACCCUACUUUUGUACAGUUGUCUAUUUCCAACUUUUUCCUCGCUCGUAACAUUACAAGUCAACAAGGGAUAUACUUCAUAAAGAAAUAUGAAGCACCCUUGGCGAUUCGUGAUGUGAAAUGGGCGUUCUAACAUAAUUGGCAUGGUCGGCAGAUUUGCUUGUCACGUGCAAUUUUCAAAAGGGCCCAGAAGUGACAUGGACGCCCUGGAUUUUUUUUCCAUUUUCUGUAUUAUCAGUAUUUGCGGAGUCAUAUUUAAGUGCAAACGAUUUGGUUUGAAUGAAUAUCUGUACAAAGUUAGACCGACCCCCUACUCCCUCUCUAACCUAAGUCAACCCUCAAGAAUAUUGUAUCUUUCCCAAUACUCAAAAGUGGUUAGUUUUCCUCCCAUGCUCCGUUGAAGAGGAGUCUCUUUUCGUUUUGAAAGGCUCGAUUAUCAACCCUUGUGCUCUUCUACGAACUGAAACAUGCCUUUGAACAUAUAUUUUACUCACUGAUAUAUCAAUACAUCCAAAAGAAAGUAUAA